AUGGAUCUCUUCUCUCUUGUAGGCCGAACAGCUCUUGUGACGGGGGGAACUCGCGGCAUUGGCCAGGCCAUGGCCAUUGCCUUAGCUGAGGCUGGGGCUGACAUUGUCUUGGUACAGAGAGAUACCAGCAACCCUGCAACAAAAGAAACCAUCGAAAAAUUGGGCCGGAAAGCAACCAUCUACACCGCAGAUCUUGCAUCUCAAGCCUCCGUUUCGAGCUUGGUCGCUACCGUGGUUCAAGACGGACACGACAUUGAUAUAUUACUAAACUGCGCUGGCAUUCAACGACGACACCCGAGUCAUCUUUUCCCACAAGAAGACUGGGAUGAGGUAACUCUACCCGCCCCAGAGGCAGAAAGGUCCGAGAAAAUAUCAAUUAUUAACCUGUUUCAUCGCUUUCAGGUUAUCCAAGUCAACUUAACCACCGUAUUCACCCUUUGUCGAGACGUUGGCGCAUACAUGCUAGGUCGCACUCCCAACCGCUCCGGUCAACGCGGGAGUAUCAUUAACGUCGCUUCUCUGGUAUCCUUCCAAGGUGGCCUUACGGUACCUGCCUAUGCAGCGGCUAAGGGUGGCGUGGCACAGCUCACAAAGGCGCUGUCCAAUGAGUGGUCAUCGAAGGGAAUAAAUGUCAAUGCCAUUGCGCCCGGAUAUGUCGCUACAGACAUGAAUACUGCCCUCAUCCAGGAUAAAGAGCGUGCUGCUAGUAUCUUGGCACGUAUCCCUGCUGGACGAUGA